ACGCACACGACGGCUGCCUUCCUCCCAAGAAUGAUUUCCGUUAUUAUGUCAUGUGGUCUCGCAACCAGGAGAGAUUGUUUGCUCAGUUUUGCAUAACAAACAUUGAAUCUGUUGUUGGAUUUGCAGUUUAGCCUUGCUUGUGGGCCUUCCGUCGUUAUCGUUGGUUCUUGCCUGCCGCAGGCAUCCAGGCACUCAGCACACAUUUUCUCUCUUCUCCGCGGCUGCGAGGAGCCCAGUAGUUGGGAUUCCUUAAAGGCAAGCAGAUGGAAGCGAGCGGGAGCGUGGAGGCAAUUAGAGGAUUUCUUCCUCCAAGCAGUGCAGGAAUUUAGAUAAUGGGCUGUGUGCAAUGUAAGGAUAAAGAAGCAACAAAACUGACAGAGGAGAGGGACGGCAGCCUGAACCAGAGCUCCGGGUACCGCUAUGGCACAGACCCCACUCCUCAGCACUACCCCAGCUUCGGCGUGACCUCCAUCCCAAACUACAACAACUUCCACGCAGCUGGGGGCCAAGGACUCACCGUCUUUGGGGGUGUGAACUCUUCGUCUCAUACUGGGACGUUGCGGACGAGAGGAGGAACAGGAGUGACCCUGUUUGUGGCCCUUUAUGAUUAUGAAGCACGGACAGAAGAUGACCUGAGUUUUCACAAGGGAGAAAAAUUUCAAAUAUUAAACAGCUCGGAAGGAGACUGGUGGGAAGCCCGCUCCUUGACAACCGGAGAGACGGGUUACAUUCCCAGCAAUUAUGUGGCUCCAGUGGACUCUAUCCAGGCAGAAGAGUGGUACUUUGGAAAACUUGGCCGAAAAGAUGCUGAGCGACAGCUUUUGUCCUUUGGAAAUCCAAGAGGUACCUUUCUCAUCCGCGAGAGUGAAACCACCAAAGGUGCCUAUUCACUGUCUAUCCGUGACUGGGAUGAUAUGAAAGGAGACCACGUCAAACAUUAUAAAAUUCGCAAACUUGACAAUGGUGGAUACUAUAUCACCACCCGGGCCCAGUUUGAAACCCUUCAGCAGCUUGUACAGCAUUACUCAGAGAGAGCCGCAGGUCUCUGCUGCCGCCUAGUAGUUCCCUGUCACAAAGGGAUGCCAAGGCUUACCGAUCUGUCUGUCAAAACCAAAGAUGUCUGGGAAAUCCCUCGAGAAUCCCUGCAGUUGAUCAAGAGACUGGGAAAUGGGCAGUUUGGGGAAGUAUGGAUGGGUACCUGGAAUGGAAACACAAAAGUAGCCAUAAAGACUCUUAAACCAGGCACAAUGUCCCCUGAGUCAUUCCUCGAGGAAGCACAGAUCAUGAAGAAGUUGAAGCAUGACAAGUUGGUCCAGCUCUACGCCGUGGUGUCCGAGGAACCUAUCUACAUUGUCACCGAGUACAUGAAUAAAGGAAGUUUACUUGAUUUCUUAAAAGAUGGAGAAGGAAGAGCUCUGAAAUUACCAAAUCUUGUGGACAUGGCAGCACAGGUUGCUGCAGGAAUGGCUUACAUUGAGCGCAUGAAUUAUAUCCACAGAGAUCUGCGAUCAGCAAACAUUCUGGUGGGGAACGGACUCAUAUGCAAGAUUGCCGACUUUGGAUUGGCCAGAUUGAUCGAAGACAAUGAGUACACAGCCAGACAAGGUGCAAAGUUCCCCAUCAAGUGGACGGCCCCCGAAGCAGCCCUGUACGGGAGGUUCACAAUCAAGUCUGACGUGUGGUCUUUUGGAAUCUUACUCACAGAGCUGGUCACCAAAGGAAGAGUGCCGUACCCAGGCAUGAACAACCGGGAGGUGCUGGAGCAGGUGGAGCGCGGCUACAGGAUGCCCUGUCCGCAGGACUGCCCCAUCUCUCUCCACGAGCUCAUGAUCCACUGCUGGAAAAAGGACCCCGAAGAACGGCCCACUUUCGAGUACUUGCAGGGCUUCCUGGAAGACUACUUCACCGCCACAGAGCCCCAGUAUCAGCCUGGUGAAAACCUGUAAGACCUGGGUCUGCAGAGAGAGGCCUCGGCCCGAGGCUUCCCCGCCCCCUCCCCAUUAGCUUCCAAUUCCGUAGCCAGCUGCUCCGAGCAGAGCAGCGAGAACCGUCCAGGAUCAGAUUGCAUGUGACUCUGAAGCUGACGAACUUCCAUGGCCCUCAUUAAUGACACUUGUCCCCAAAUCCGAACCUCCUCUGUGAAGCAUACGAGACAGAACCUUGUUAUUUCUCAGACUUUGGAAAAUGCAUUGUAUCGAUGUUAUGUAAAAGGCCAAACCUCUGUUCCGUGUAAAUAGUUACUCCAGUGCCAACGAUCCUAGUGCUUUCCUUUUUUUAAAAUGCAAAUCCUAUGUGAUUUUAACUCUGUCUUCACCUGAUUCAACUAAAAAAAAAGUAUUAUUUUCCAAAAGUGGCCUCUUUGUCUAAAACAAUAAAAUUUUUUUUCAUGUUUUAACAAAAACCAAUCAGGACAGGUGUUUGGUUUUUUCUUUUUUAUAAAUAUGAAUAUAUAUAAUAUAUACGUCCCUGUACAUACACCAUGUGGGUGCUAACGUGGAGACCGUGGCCAACGUGGGCCACAAAGCUUCAGAAACCAGAGUGAGGAUUUUACUGCAAAAUCAGCGUAAAAGCACUGGUGUUAUUCUGAAAACCAGUGGCCUCAUUUUUGGCUUUUGCAAAGCAUGAUUCUUGGUUUAUAUUUUUAAUUUGGAUUGCACUUUUUUGGUUCAUGACUGUACCUGUAGAUGGCUGUUACUUUGACCCCUCAUCAGGCCCCAAGCUGAAUUCACAAGUUCUGUUUCCAGUAUUUGCUUCUACAUAAACUGCAAUUUGUUCUUGAGACCUAAAAGUGAGCGUAUUUAAGCAAGCAAACGGCCAAUACCACCAGGGGAACUGGAAAAUGGAUACCACACAAACUUCUUGUAUAAAAAUACAAAUGCUGAAAUGUUUCAGACUUUUUUUAUUUAAUAAACCUUGUAACCACAUUUAAAUGGUCUAAAACCCAUAGCAUUGUAGUCAUGGCAACCUGCUAAACUUUCUCAUGCAACUAAAACUUACGGGAGGGUGAGGGUGGGGGUUGUACAUUUCCCAUUGUAAAAUAAGUGUUUUAAAUGUCCUGUACUGCUAAUGAAAUGACUUUCUCUAUGUCCAAGAGUUCUCCAGUGGAAUAACUAUGCACUACUUUACAUCUCAUGGGGAUGCACAAAAAAAAAAAAGUAUUACAUUUUCAGUUGCUGUUUGUACCAGCCUUGAAUUACGUAUGUUUAACAACAACAAAUCAAAAAGCCUAUUUCUAUUGGGUUUUUAAUACUGAGUAGCAACUCUGAAGUCUUAAUUCCUU